UGAAUACGAUAAAAGCGCGACGUGCUCUCGAAUACAUUUAUUUAUUUCAGAAUAUAUAUAUCUGAAAUAUAAAUAUACUUAAGUGUAUAUAUAAAUACAUAUAUAUAUAUAUAUGAUAAGUGGAGUGAACAGAAAUAUGAAAGUCUGAAUAUGAUUGUGAAUUAUGUAGAUUGAGAUAUUGGGACGAUAUAGGAGCCGCCCCUCUUAUUACAUUUUCCACGCCUGGUCGAGCGCUAUAAAAAGAAAUUGCACGCGAAAGUGAUAUAAUUACGUAUAGAAAUAAUUUUCCAUUUGGGCAAUUGAAAUACAAAUAUGAACGUGUGUUAAAAAUAGAGCCAAUGAGCUGAAGAGAGAUAGAGUGAGAUAGAGAGAGAGAGAGAGAGAGUGAGAGAGAGAGAGACGAACGUUAAAGUAAACUCUGAGAAUAAGCACAAUUUAUGCGCCAUGGAAAAUGCGGGGAAUCAGGGAGCUGGGACAUCUUCCAGGCAGAUGCGACACCGCCGCCGCGUGGCCCGCAGUCAGCGUGAGCAGACGCCAGACGCCAGCAGGACGCACUCAGAGCACCAACGGGAGGAUCCUGAUGAGGCAGCGUCGGCACAGCACGUGUCCAUGCAGAUUCGUCCGCCCGCCGGCGUAAUGUCCGCCCACGAGAGCAAAAUCUUGCGAAGACGGGACAAGAACUUCGCGGGCGUCGCAGCGCGCAGCCAGAGUCAGCCGCGGGAGGCCGAGAAACUGAGCAUUCCCGAUGCCCAACAGCUGAUCAAGCACCAGCGCAGCCUGUCCUCGCCGCGGCACAAGGACGAGUCCAGCGAGAGCGAGCUGACGGGCAGCUCGCAGUCGCAGGCACAGUACACGGCUCAGCAGAGGCGGGGCGACGAUACGCUCAGCCGGCUGGAGCAGAAUAUGCUGCGCUUCGAGGAGGAGCGACGGCGCUUCGAGACGGAGAAGCGGCUGUUCGAGCGCGAGAGGAGGGAGCACAAGGUGCGUCAUCGCCAGCAGCUGGACCACGAGGAGCGCAAACGGCUGCUGCAAAACUACCGCAAGAUCAGCGACGGCUUCCAGCUGCCGCAGGAUGAGGAGGAGCGCCGCCGACUGGUGCAGAGCCUGCGCCUGCAGCGCCACGAGGCGCCUUCGGUGCGUUUGCGCAAUCGCAGCAGCGCCUACGAGGAGUCGUCCACUCAGUUCAGUUCCUCCGAUGCGGACACGACCGAGGAGAAGCACUCCAAAGUCAAGAAGGCAACUCCACCGCUGCAAGGCUAUGUAGCUGUGCCCAUUCGUGGAGCACCACCCCCGCCGCCGCCGCCGACCAAUCGUCACUCGGUCAGUCGCAACAAUUCCUUGUCGCCGGUGCGUCCCCAGAGGCGCUCCAAGACGCCCGAGCAGCGACAGGCAGUGGCAGAGGCAGAGGCAGAGCAAUCCAGCCGCAAAUCGGAAUAUGUGGAGGUUGGCGAGUCUGCGGUCGAGCAGCCCGUCAAGGUGAAGCUCAGUGAGGAGGAGCAGCGCACGGAGCUGCGCAGAGCCUAUGUGGAGGCAGCCGAAAGAGCGGCAGCUGCGGAGGCGGCGCUGAUCAAAAGUCUGGGCACCUCCUCGGUGGACAAAGUGAGGCGCAGCAACAGCCUAAAGGUGCCCGAAAUGGAGCAGGCUGUCAAGCCGGAAGCCAAGCGCAGCUCAAGCCUGGAGCGACCAGUGAGGGCAAAGCGCACAGCCAGCCUGGAGCGGCCGCAGAAACAGGAGCCACAGCCCGUGGAUGCAGUGCCUCAGACACUGGACACCGAAACGGAAGUGUAUCCAACUUGCACGGAAAUUGAGAAACCCUCACUCCUAAAGCGGCUGGGCAACCUUUUUAGGGGCAAACAGCGUGUCGGGGCAACAAGAUCUGUGAUCCCAUUGGAAAGAUCAGACCCAGGUGAAAUAAAUAGCUUCAUGUCGAGGGCAUUUCUGGUGCGCCUGCGCUUGGAGGCAGUCCACGAGUGGCGGCGCCUCAAGCUCGACUAUCCCGUGCGCAUGGUCGAGAUGCGACGGUUGCGGAACGAGUGCGUGGCCCACAUCAUAUUGCUGAUCCUGCUGCUCGGCUUUGGCGGACUGCUGUUCCGCUACACGGAGGGCAUGUCGGAGGACAUCUACAAGUGCGAGGUGCGCAAGGUGAAGCGAGACUUCAUCGACAAUCUGUGGGCAGUCAGUCACAACAUGAGAGAGGAUGACUGGAAGUCCUUGGCGCGCCAGAAGCUGCGCAAUUUCGAGGAUGAGCUCAACACGCUGGCAGAGCUCGGUCUGCGCCGAUAUCCAGGGCAAAAGUCAUUCAACUUUGUCAACUGCUUCAUAUAUUGUUGGACCGUCAUCACAACCAUAGGUUACGGUCACAUAACACCGAAGACAACUGUGGGAAGGUCGUUGACUAUCAUCUAUGCCAUCAUUGGCAUUCCGAUGUUCCUGAUUGUGCUGGCGGAUUUGGGCAAACUGUUCACGCGCUGUGUCAAGUUCCUGUGGGCGUAUGUGAGGCGCGUCUACUACACUCGCUCCUGUCGCCAAAUCCGGAAGCAGCAGCAGGUGCGGGAUGCCAUGACCGGAUUUAACACGGUCUACGACAUGGCUAUCCGGCGGCCCAGCAUGUUCUUCGGCAUGUCUGACGCGCCGGCCGAAGCGGAAUCGCAGGCGGACGGCGAUGCUGAGGCUGGCAAGUCGCUGGGCACCUCGCACCCGGAGACGCCGACAUCUCCGUAUCCCGAAACCUACGAGGUGGACGACGAGUUCAAUUUGCCAGUUUCGGUGGCCACCAUGUUGCUCAUUGCCUACAUCCUGUUGGGCAGCGUUGGCUACACAUUCAUUGAGACGAGCUGGUCUUUUUUGGACGCCUUCUACUUUGUGUUCAUCUCGAUGUCCACGAUUGGCUUUGGCGACCUGGUGCCGGGCAAUCCGUUCUACGUGAUGGUCAGCAUGAUCUACCUAAUAUUUGGCCUCGCCCUGACAUCCAUGUUCAUCAACGUGGUGCAGAUAAAGCUGAGCGAUCACUUCAAGCGCGCCAGCGCCAAGGUCGGCGCCACCAUCGGCAUGGGCAUGGCCAGCGAGUUUGGCGACGAGUUCGGCUCCCAGGUGAAGACCCCAUCGGAGCUGGCUUCGGUGCACGGCUCGCGCCUGGGUCCCAUUGAGGAGGAUGGUCGCGAGACGCCGGCCAACGGAGCGGCUGCCUCCAGUGCUAGCCCGGUGCCGCCACCGCUGACAUCGAUAUUGCGCGCGCCACGCCCCCUAUCGCCAGCCUAUAUCACAAGGGAAAGCCCGCCUCCAUUGAUGCCCAAGCGCCAAUUGGAUGCCCAACAGCAGCCGACACCGUCCGAGAGCGAAACGAAGAAAAAGUACAGAUUCUUCUAGGAUAUCUCAUAUAUUUUCAUUUCACUUUAUUCAUCGAACUUGAAGCUCAAUGAAAUUGGGAGUCUCUACACCUGAAAAAUACUUAUAGGCAAACUGAAAAUGACAAGAAAACUGCAAAUGAAUUUAUGCUUGACAUGAUAUGGAUCCAUUUAUUUGUUUACCAAAUAAAUAAUUAAGUUAUUCUUACUUAUAAUAAACAAAAAUAAAACAUGAA